CUCACUUCAUUUAUUCAUAUUUAUUACUCUUGCAUUGUUAUCCUGCAUUUUUCAUUUAUUUAUUGCAUAUUUCAUUUUUCAUAGCCUUUUCACCCACUGCAUCAACACGCGUUUAAUUCACUCUGACAAUGUCGUCGAUUCUCAAUCCCAAGCAAAUGCUCACCGAAAGCACAAAGUUUAGAAUUCUCUGUCUCAUGUUCAAGCACUUCUCGCUCGAGAACAACAGCAUCUCUGCACUGGCCAAUCCAGCAAGCGCCUCGUUCAACUUACUUAUGGGCAGUGUUAUUGCACACCAGCCAGACCUACGCACUGCUGGCGAUUCCCUCAACCCCGUGCUUGAGUCGUUUGUCAGCAACCAGAACUCGCGAAUUUUUUGCGCGCUUACUGACCUGCACGAGUGGUACACAUCGGGCAUGAGCUACGGGAUUCUUCAACUGACGACUAAACAUAUCAACAGCAUAUUUAAGCGCCCGCCUUAUGAGGUCCGUCCGUACACCCGAGAGCUCACCUAUGCGCAGCGCUUGGCCAUGAUCUACCACGUAUGCAAUCCCAAGCCCUGGAAUGUGUUGGUCCAGGCCUACGAGGCGCUGUACAAAAGCCAGUUUGAUAAGAUUUGGCCAGAUAAGUCCAAGUUUAUGCUGGACCCAAGCUGCAUAUCUCUAGUGCCGUCCGACAUCUACAAGAUUAUCCACGAGUGCAUAUCUACCGGGUUUUCACCACAACCCCUGGCGCCUGAACACAAUUUUGCCAUCACUGCGCCCAGCCAUACCCUUGCCAAGGGCCAAGUGAGGCAAGGUAAAGUGGCCAAGCAGCGCUCAAUGUCAACGACAAUCAACAGCAAGAUGUCUAGGGAUGCAAUUAGGUUGGCUAUUGGCAAGCCGCGCAGUACAUCGUUUGCAAAUAGCUCAGGGUGCGGCUCGAAAAUGUUCCUUGCCUCCAACAUGGUCUCAGAAAUGCCGCUGUUGGCCAGCAGUUUUUCAAAUCUUGCUUCCGAGCUUUCCAACUCGGAUAUUUCCGCUGCAAACUCUACUAAUGAUGCCGCUGCCGCCGCCUCCAUCUCCUCUGCCAGCAACAACACGCCACCAUACAACACCAGCUGGAUAGGCUCGGCGGGCAUGUUUCAGCUGCCUGCAAACAAUACCGAUAGAGGUGCCGCUGCCAGCUACAUCUCCCUGGGACUUGGCAGCAUGGCCCACCAGCCCACACCAUUGUUUGACAGUACAUUAUACCCCAGCAGCACAUAUGGCUCAAUAGCAGGCAUGACACGCGCGUUAAGCAGCCAGACUGGAAGCCAGCCAGCAAGUCAAGAGCACAGCCAAUUCUAUACACCGCCCUUUGAUAUGGUAAAUCUGAGUCAGGAGGACUUUGCUCGCGCUCUCAACUACGCGGCUGCAUCUGCCGCGGCCGCUGUUUCAGCUACUUCGGCCAUUCCAACAUCGAUGACAGUGCCCAUGACAACGCCAAUGUCAAUGUCAAUGCCAAUGGCAAUGGCAAUGUCAACGUCUUCAUUUACAAUUCCUGCAAGCUCGCUUGGAGCAUUUAGUGACAACUCGGCUAACUCAAGCACUCUUGGAUCCGGCCCAUUGUCUAUCUCGUCCAGCGCGACAUAUAUGUCCAAGGCCAGCCCCAAUGGGUGCAACCCUGCAUUCCAACAUUCACCCUUCGUGGACUCCGCAUUUGGCAGGUUGCAAGAGUGA